AUGAAGACAGCUCGGCCAUACCGAUCACACAAAUAUCCAGCCUGUGCACGAUGCCACAAACGUCGGUCACGCUGUACGAUCGAGAUCCCCGGACAGGCAUGUCUCCUAUGCCGGAUGCACGGAGUGGCAUGCUCCUCCGCAAUAGCCAAGAAAGAUGACCGUGUCAGCCCAAGGGUGGGCUUCGUACACCGAUCACUGCUUGCGGAAGACAAAUCUCUGGAAAGCUUCUCCACGCACAUCGUAGGCCCCGUCAUCGCUCGCGACACACAGAUUCUCGACCAGUACCUUCCGCAAACUCCUCCCGGUGCCACCGCCAACGGCAGCACGGGAGAAGGCUACCUUGCAAUUCCACCCAACGGAGGGCCGGGUCGUGGUGACCCACAGAAGGCCAUUUACCAUGUCCCAAUCCCGCCGCGGAGACCCAGCCCGACAGACUGCAACUGUGCGAGAAAUCUACCCGCCGAGCUGCUGGAGCAAGUCGAUCCGUUCAUGGACAACCUGCUGGUCUAUUACUACGAGAACAUUCACCCCUGUUAUCCAGUAACAGAAGAAGACUUCGUGCUGUCAAGAAUCAAAGAGCCCAGUCCCUCCCCCCCUAUUACCGCUCCUCCUCGGACCUUAUUCGUGAACCUACUGGCAUAUGCACUCUUCUACUGGGACGCGCCCUCGCCUUAUGCCAUCAGACCAGAUCAAGAUUUCGCAUGGCAGGCGGCAGUCGGAGCGAACCUAGCAGACAUGCAGAAAGGAGAUUUGGCGACGAUCGUCAGCAUCUGCAUCAACGUAUCGGGACGCCCUUCACGGCGUUUAGUGAGCAAUGUCACUAGCGUCGCCCGGGCCGUGGCGUUAUCACAUGCGAUCGGGCUCAACCACGACUGCAGCGAAUGGAAGAUAGGAGAUCUGGAGAAGCGAAUGCGCUGGAAAACAUGGUGGGGUGUUGUGAUUCAAGACAGGUGGUUCAAUUUCGCCCAAGGAACGCCUCCCUAUAUCUCAAAGGGCCAUUACGACGUCCCGCUCCCCACCGUCGACUUACUCACCCGAGGCCGGCCGGGCUCAAUCAAACACACCCGCGCCGCAGAAGUCUAUAUCCACUUCUGUCGCUUGACCGAGAUCGUUGGCGACGUGCUACCUCUAAUCUACCACAUUCGUUCGGGAAACGACAGUAUAGCAGCCGAACAGACGUCGAGGUCGGAGAUUGAAUUGAACCGCUGGGUCGAGAGCCGACCUGGCUGGCUGAAUUUGGAUGAGUUCCACAACCGACCUCCCGUGCCUGGUCUGUUGAAUCUGCAAUUAUGUUAUCUUGCCGUGCGCAUGUUGCUGCGGCGCAUAGCGUGGCAUGAAAUUAGUCAGCGCCAGAGCGACCCGGCCACGUCGUGGCUGCUCGGCUGCCACGCGGCGGCGGAGGAUGUCGUGAGGUUUGUCACGUCGUUGCACACACAGGACUUGAUGGGGUUCUGGUUGCCGUACAGUGCGCAUCACUUCACCUCUGCGGUGACGCUGUUGCUGCGCUGUGCUUUGCAGACCAGCUACUCGAAUGUGCGGGCUCAGUGCAUGACCAGUGCACGGACGCUGGUCGAUUAUCUGAGGAAAUACCAUGAACACGAUCACUGGGAUCUGGCCGAGACAGCCUUGUCGCAGAGCGAGACGGUUCUGAAGCGCGUUGAGGAUUCUUUGCCGCGGACACCUUUACCUACGAGGCCGAAUCUGCCCGGGGCUGCGAUGCCACUCGAGCAAAUGGUUACGACGCGAGGGUUUAUGGACGAGACACUACUCGGUGAACCGCUGCCCGAAGAUGUUUUCGUGACAGCGCAGGGCCAGGCGUCACUCGAAGAGCUGUUCCCCGAGAUAUUUUCAGAUUUUACCGACACCGCUUUACUUACUGGCCAGGCUCUACUGGAUUUUAAUCAAUGA